UUAGACUGUGUCAAACUUUUGGUCGAAAAUGGAGCAGAUAUCGAUAUAAAGGACAGCAUGUACAAUCAAACAUCGUUAGUUAUGGCCGCUUGUCUUAAUGUCCCAGACCUGGUAAAAUAUUUCAUAGAAAAUGGUGCUGACUUGACAUCGUGUGAUUCAAAGAAAAACACAGCUCUACACUAUCUCUGCAAAAAUCCCGAGACGAAAGAUUCUAUUGAUUGUAUUCAACGAAUUGUUGAGAAAAUUAAAAUUGCAAAUUGUUUGCAGAUCAUUGAUUCACAAAAUGUUCGCUCUAAGACGCCAUUAUAUUUUGCUGUGAAGUCAGGCAACGCACAGAUUGUGGACAUUCUUGUGGAAGCCGGAUGUGAUGUGACUGAAACACGGCCCAAUAACACUUAUACCAUAUUGUCUGUAGCUAUCUUUAUGAAAGCAAUUCUGAAUCCCACCAGCGAUAUUGUCGCCAAGCUUAUCACUGCUGGUAGUAAUGUAAACGCUUCAGAUGUAUAUGGUUACACACCGCUGAUGCAAGCAGCGUCUUGUAAAGACUUGGAUUCAAUGAAAUUGCUAAUCCAACACGGGGCAGAUAUACAUUCAGAAAACUGUGGUGGAGACGGUAUAGUAGAUUAUUGUUUGAGAUAUAGGUAUAUUGAACGGUGCGAGAGAAUAUCAGCAAAGGAUGUUCUAGAAUUGGUCCAUAAAACUGGUGCUCGGUUGAAGAUCGAUGACAUUGCGGAGAAAUAUGUCUAUGAUAUAAUGAAUAAUUCUGAUACUGAUACCUUAGAAUACCUGAUAUCAAAUGGACUUGAUAUCCAUCAUAUUGGUAAAAACAAUCGCAAUAUUCUUCAUCUCCUGUCUCGUCUCGACAUGAACGGAUUUAACAAAAUCAAACCAUAUUGUGACGAGGCAGACGUUAACCAACAAGAUACAGAUGGUGAUACACCUUUGAUGUUUGUUGUUAAAAUAUUCCCGUUCCAUUUUUUAAUUGAUUAUUUUCUAGAAAGAGGUGCGGAUGUUAAUUUGAGGAAUAAAAAAGGACAAACACCGCUAAUGAUUGUUGCUGACGAAAAUGAUACAGAAAUACUUCAAGAAUUGAUUUACGCUGGGGCGGACAUCAUUGAUUCACAAAAUGUUCGCUCUAAGACGCCAUUAUAUUUUGCUGUGAAGUCAGGCAACGCACAGAUUGUGGACAUUCUUGUGGAAGCCGGAUGUGAUGCUGACGUUAACCAACAAGAUACAGACGGUGUUACACCUUUGAUGUGUGUUAAAAAAUUCUCGUUCCAUUUUUUAAUUAAUUAUUUUCUAGAAAGAGAUGCGGAUGUUAAUUUGAGGAAUAAAAAAGGGCAAACACUGCUAAUGAUUGUUGCUGACAAAAAUGAUACAGAAAUACUUCAAGAAUUGAUUUACGCUGGGGCGGACGUUAAUAUUCGAUCACAAGAUGGACGAACAGCUUUG